AUGCCAGGUCUCGAACAUGCGGUUCUCUCGCGGCUGGACGAAUCCACGAUCACGCGCACGUCGGCCGUGUACACGGGCUCGAUCGACACGACGUGGUGCAUCGGCUCGGUUCCCCAAGGUGGCUACUCGCUCUCGAUCAUCCUCAAUGCAGUGCUAGCUUUCAUGCGCACACCCGAACUGGUAUCUACAGACGUCAAGUCGGUCUCACACCAAGAUCCGCUGCUUCUUUCGGCGACCUACAUCCAGGCUGUGACGUGGACGGAUUUCCAAGUGCGCAUCCGCGUUCUGAAACGCGGCAAGAGCCUGAGCAAUCUGCAGGCAGAGCUGUGGCAGGAUGACAAGAUGCGCAUCACGACGCAGGUGCUCAUGACGGAUUUCGGCGUGCAGAAGGAGUCGGCGGAUCGAACCAAGGUGGCUGGCUUGAAGGGCAAGGAUGUUCACGAUCCGAGUAGGAACGGAUACACGAUUACCGAGCGAUCGCAGUGGGCGCCUCAGUUUCCGCUCUCGCCCCCCGAGAGGUGCGAUAAGCCUCACCUGUUCGGUACUACAGCUGAAAACGGCAAGACGUUUGGAUUCGGUGAGCUGAUUAGUAUCGCCAACGAUCCCAAACAUACUCAAUCCUCGCUUACUUCCAACACGCUUUCAGCCGGAGCGUACUACUCACUCAUUCCUCAACCCUACCCGCAACUCGACACACACCUCGUCGCAACCGGCCGUCUAUCGGAACCCAAAAAUCUGCUCCCCUUCCUAGCUGACAUGUUUACAAGCCCACCCAUGAUGAUCCCCUCGAAACACGCAUCCCACUGGUACCCAACCCUCCACCUCACUAUCGAAUUCAAACGUCGCCUACCCGCCAUAACGCGAACUGCCACCCUCUCGCGUGCCAGAUUCAUGAUCAAUGGCCAACACGAAUCCGACUCGGAACUCUGGUCGCACCCAGACGACCAGCACCUCUUCAACCCCAACCCAGCGCCUUCCGAACCAAGAUCGUUCAUCCUAGCCAUCGCAAGACAAACCGCACUCGUCCUCCCCUUCUCCGUCAACCAGAACAAAACCCUUGCCAACCCCAAACUCUGA